AUGGGAUCCUGUGGAAAUAUGUCUAAUCCAACAACUAAAACUGAACAAAAGAAAAUUAAUCAUCUCCAAAGAAUGUCAUUUUCAAAGCCACCUUUUACAAUUGGUGAUAUCAAGAAGGUCAUCCCUCCUCACUGCUUUCAACGAUCUCUCAUUCGCUCCUUCUCUUAUCUCGUUCAAGAUCUCAUACUUGUCUCCCUUUUUUACUAUAUUGCAACCACUUACUUCUGCUUCCUUCCAUAUCCAUAUUAUUACCUAGCAUGGCCUAUUUAUUGGAUCAUUCAAGGUUGUGUUUUCACUGGAAUAUGGAUGAUUGGUCGUGAAUGUGGCCACCAUGCCUUCAGUGAUUACCAGUUGGUAAAUGACGUUAUUGGUUUUAUCCUCCACUCUGUACUUUUAACACCAUACUUCUCAUGGAAAUAUAGUCAUCGGCGUCAUCACUCCAAUACUAGUUCCAUUGAGCACGAUGAAGUGUACGUGCCCAGGCUUAAAUCCGAACUAAGAUGGUUCUCUAAUUAUUUGAACAAUCCACUAGGAAGAGUACUCGCACUUUCUUGCACCCUCACUUUUGGGUGGCCUUUGUACUUGGUCUUCAAUGCUUCAGGAAGAUCUUAUGGUCGCUAUGCAAGUCACUAUGAUCCACAUGGGCCAAUUUUCAAUGACCGCGAGAGGCUACAAAUUUACAUUUCUGAUGUAGGAGUGAUUGCAUCUGCUUAUGUGUCGUAUCGCAUUGUUUUGGCACAAGUGGGAUUGGCUAAGGGGAGCUCUAGCUACGGUAGACAGAGACUUUGGUGUACUGAAUAA